AGGUAUUUAAGGGAGCCCGCGAUAAGGUCAUACUGAACCUGUGCAUUUCGAAAAACGUGCGGAUUUUUUGACAAUAAUUUCGGAAUUGUUUCUACCAUAGCCAAGUACUUGACGACAUGGGUGGGCAGGGCAAGGCGAUCAACAGGAAGCGAAAGUUUGUGGGCCGCAAGGCGGAUGAUCCGGAAUUCGAUCUGGACAAGAAACAAUUCAAGGUGCUCCAUCUGAAUGCCACCGAGAAGCGGCUGAUAAUCGUUUUGGAAGGAGCCCAACUGGAGACGGUGAAGGUGCACAACACUUUCGAGCUGCUAAACUGCGAUGAUCACGCGGGAAUCAUGCGCAAAAACCAAAGAGAUCCGGGAUCCUGUCGUCCGGACAUCACCCACCAGUGCCUGUUGAUGCUCUUUGAUUCUCCACUGAACCGGGCUGGUCUCCUCCAGGUUUUCGUACGCACCGAGCACAAUGUCCUGAUCGAAAUCAAUCCACAGACGCGUAUCCCGCGCACCUUUAAACGAUUUGCCGGUUUAAUGGUGCAAUUGCUGCACAAGUUCCAAAUUCGCGCCAAUGACUCCUCCCGACGUCUGAUGAGUGUCAUCAAGAACCCCAUUACCGAUCACGUACCGGUCGGCUGCAAGAAGUACGCCAUGAGCUUCUCUGGGAAACUGGUGCCCAAUUGCCGCGAUCUGGUGCCACAUGGCGACGAGAGCUCUGCCAGCUAUGAUGAGCCGGUGGUCAUUGUCAUCGGAGCCUUCGCGCAUGGCGUUCUCAAAACGGACUACACGGAGGAGCUGUUCUCCAUCAGCAACUAUCCGCUUUCGGCGGCCAUCGCGUGCUCCAAACUCUGUUCCGCCUUCGAGGAGGUUUGGGGCGUGGUAUAGUCCAUCGUAUGUUUUUCUUAGUUUAGUCAUAGCUAGUAGUUAGUCUACAUCUAUUCUUUUGAUUGAACACCAUUAAAUUAGGUGUAAUAUCCAGACCUGCAAA